UAAGCGACGCCCGAAGAAUUUACGGCUCGAAAGUCGAAAGCGCGGUCUCGAGAGAGUCUAUUAAGUUUGUUUGGUAAAAAAUCUCGUUUCCCUCCAACUUUUCAUCAACAAUAUUUGAAUCGCUUAUUAUUCUUGCCGCAAGAUUCUCUUCUCUGGUUUGCCCUAGAUCUAGAAUUUCCUUUUCCGGUGUCCUUUGAGGAUGAAGCGUAAGGGAGGACAUAAGAAAGGGAACAAGUCUAAAAAGUCCACUGAACAAGACAAGUUGAAUGAGUCGGUCCAAGACAGUGACUCUGAUCAAAGUUGUGAACAUGAAUCUAAAAUGGUGGAGGUUACUUCCAGUUCACCUAGUGUAGUAGAUCCGGUUAAGUCUGUCGGGCGUGUUAAGGUUAAACUGAAGACCUCCAAAGCAGCACCAGAACCUGAUGUUCCAUUGCCUACUACUAAGACUAGUCCUCAAGUUGAGAGAAAAGAGGAACCUGUUCCUCUUCGUCUGCCCGAGAGAAAACCAGUUCUUAAUGUUUAUAGGAAGAUGAAAGGUAUUAAGAUCAAGUCUUGGAAGGCUGCUGCUGAUGGAUCUAGCUCCGCUACUGCUGUUGAUACUGCUGUCAAGGCUCAAGAUGAUAUUGUACUUGUUAAGGAGCCUGAUGAGAAGACUUCUCAAGUCAAGAAGCCAGAACCUGAAAGCGCACCCGUUUCUUCUCAGAAUCAGCAGAAGAAGACUGAUCAGAUUUCGCGGUACAAUAAGCAAGAACUGGAAGAUUCUCUUACGGUGGUCAAGAAGAUUAUGAAGAUGGAAGCCGCUGAUCCCUUUAAUGUUCCUGUGGACCCUGAAGCUCUUGGCAUUCCUGACUACUUCGAUAUCAUCAAGACACCUAUGGAUUUUGGAACAGUAUGCAGUAAUCUUGAAAAAGGCAACAUAUAUAUGAAUUCUGAGGAUGUUUACAAGGAUGUCCAGUACAUCUGGAAUAACUGUUCCAAGUACAAUAAGAAAGGCGAUUAUAUCGUGGACCUUAUGAAGCGAGUUAAGAAAAAUUUCAUGAAGUACUGGGCUGCCGCGGGAUUGUAUACUGAGCAAUCUCCAGAGAGUACUCAACUAGAGGAUGGUGGAAAUGCAUCCUCCAAAGGUAGUCAAUCCAAGCAGAAGAGCCAGAAGCGCCAUGGAAGGCAUCACAAGAGUGAUUGUAUGUGUGCGGUAUGUAUUUUGAAGCGACGUAAAAGAGAACGUCACAGUUCUCAAGGAGCAGUUGAGGAAUCUUCACCUGUGAGAAGUCCGUCUAUGGAUAAUUCAUCUAUAAAUAUGCAUGAGGAGCAGGACAUGGAUGUUGAUGUUGACAACAAAACUGGACAAGCAGGAAAAACAGAGAUCGUGGAACUAGAUGAUAGUCCAGUGGCAAAACGACAAAGAGUUGGUGAAAAUGUGGAGGAAGUGGAAACCAUUGAGGUGGAGAGUGAAACUAAAACCAAACCUGCUGUCGAGGAUAAGACUCAAUCGAUUGAUAGAUCGGCAGAAGAGACUGGUGACGAGCCCCUGACCAGUGCUGCAGAGAAACUGGUUGUUUUAGCUUCUUUUGAAGGUCCAAAAUCAACUCAGAAUGAUGAGGAAGACAAGGCAAAACGACUCCGAGAGCAGAAGGAGUUAGAGCGUAAACAAUGGAGAGCUAAGAUGCAUGAGAAGUUCCAACUCAGAAACCCUCAGCUGCUAAAUCUCUGCGAGACUAUCUUUCCUAACAGCAAAAACCACAGUUCUGUCUGGAACGGACCUCACUCACUGUUUAAACGUCCAGAAGGCUCAAAUCGUACUAGUUCCUUACACAAAGCAGUUGAGGCCUUGAUGAGAAGUAGUAAUUAAGGAUUCACAUGUAACAUAUAACGCUUUGCCUGUUUAGAUAUGUUUUGAUUGAUACUUCAAAUGUUAAAACACCAUAAGAUUGUUAUCACUGAAAGCAGAAACAUCAAUCUGUUCUUGAAUUUUUAUGACACUGGAUUCGCUUUUACAUAAUGAUUUACUGA